AUGGUUGGCUUCAUGGAAUGACUAUUCUUCAUCAUUGGAAUCGGGAUGAUAAUUAAAGUUUUGCUUAAUUUUUGUCAUUCCUUGACGAUUUUAUUUGCAAAAACAGAUUUCUCAGAAUAUGGUUACAAUAGUUGAGCUUUAGUCACAGGUGCUUCAGAUGGCCUAGGUUUAGCGAUUUCUGAAUUUUUAGCAUCUCAGGGAUUUAAUAUCAUCCUUAUUGGAAGGAAUCAAGAAAAAUUAACUAAAGUAUCUGGCCAGCUCAAAGAAAAAUAUCCUAUACAAAUUAAAAUUAUCGUCAAAGAUUUUUCAGUUUCCUCAGCAAACCCUCAAACAUUUUUUCUUGAUAUUAAGGAGCAAACCAAAAAUUUAGAUGUUAGCAUUUUAGUCAAUAAUGUUGGCUCCGGUGCUGGCGCUAACUGUUUUGCAUCAUUAGCUGAAGAAAGAGUUCUAUGAGCAAAUGCUAUAAAUCUAUGACCCGCUGUUUUCCUUACAAAGCUUUAUUUACCGGAUAUGACUUUACGUAAAAAUCGAAGCGCAGUUAUUAAUAUAACUUCGUCUCUAGCGCUUGUAAAACUUCCAAAAUGCUCUGUUUACUGUGCCAGUAAAGGUUUUAUGCAUUCAUUUUCCAUGAUUGUUGCAGAAGAAGCAAAAUAUUUAUCUAGCAAAAAUAAAGGAAGGCUAGAUGUAAUGAGUGUCUUGCCUUCUUGUAUUGACACUCAAAUGAUAAAGAUGAGAGAAAUUAAGCCUUUGCUUGUAAAUCCCUACGAUUGUGCAUUUUGAAUAUGUAAAUCUAUAGGAAGUGUUAGUUACACUGGUGGGCAUUGAAAGCAUGAAUAUUUUUAUUUACUUUGGACGCUUUUUGGCAGUUUUUCUUUUCAGCUUAUCAAUAUUUUUGCAAGAUUAUUAAAAAAUAAAAGUUUUUACUAG